AGCGUGGGUCACUGGCGCAGCUGACAUCGCCCUGGGCAGUUCCCUCGGCCAUCUCUGGCAUUGCUUGUACCGUCUCAUUUUACAAGGAGAAAGGGGGGAAAAGCGAGCGAGGCAGGGGGCACAGGCAGGCAGCGCCAUGUAGAUGACGGCGGCUCUGAGAUGUGUCAGAGGGGACCACGCCUUACUCUCGCUGGCGGCCAUGUUGCGAUCCUUUUGCUGAAAAUUGCAUCGCUUCAUCAGCAACAGUAGAGAAAUCUGAGAAGGACAAUUUGCUUGGGAGUUUUCUCACGUGACCUCUAAAGAGGUCAGUUUAUACGACCAGAGGGAUUAGACCGACCGCACCGAGCUAGGCUGCUACCGAGGGGGUGGAAGCAAAAUGCCGAAGCCGAUCAAUGUACGGGUUACUACCAUGGAUGCAGAGCUCGAGUUUGCCAUCCAGCCAAAUACAACUGGCAAGCAGCUCUUUGAUCAGGUUGUGAAAACUGUUGGACUAAGAGAAGUGUGGUUCUUUGGCCUACAGUACAUAGACAGUAAAGGUUAUACUACAUGGCUGAAGUUGAACAAAAAGGUAACUCAGCAGGAUGUAAGAAAAGAGAAUCCACUACAGUUUAAAUUCAGAGCAAAAUUCUUUCCAGAAGAUGUGUCUGAGGAGUUGAUCCAAGAAAUUACACAGCGUCUAUUCUUCUUGCAAGUAAAGGAGGGUAUUCUAAAUGACGAAAUCUACUGCCCACCUGAAACUGCAGUCCUGCUUGCUUCAUAUGCUGUGCAAGCCAAGUAUGCAGAUUUUAACAAAGAGGUCCAUAAAUCGGGUUACCUGGCCAGUGACAGACUUCUUCCCCAGCGUGUCUUGGAACAGCACAAGUUGACAAAAGAACAGUGGGAAGACAGGAUACAGACAUGGCAUGAAGAACAUCGAGGAAUGUUAAGGGAAGAUUCAAUGAUGGAAUACCUCAAAAUUGCUCAAGAUCUUGAAAUGUAUGGUGUGAAUUACUUUGAAAUCAAGAACAAAAAGGGAACAGAGCUGUGGCUUGGUGUUGAUGCUCUUGGACUUAACAUCUAUGAACAUGACGAUAAACUGACACCUAAAAUAGGAUUUCCUUGGAGUGAAAUAAGAAAUAUAUCCUUCAAUGACAAAAAGUUUGUCAUAAAACCUAUUGAUAAGAAGGCACCUGAUUUUGUAUUCUAUGCUCCACGCCUGCGGAUCAACAAACGAAUUCUAGCACUUUGUAUGGGAAAUCAUGAGUUGUAUAUGCGAAGGAGAAAACCUGACACUAUUGAAGUACAACAAAUGAAAGCACAGGCCAGAGAAGAAAAACACCAGAAGCAGUUAGAAAGGGCACAGUUGGAAAACGAGAAAAAGAAAAGAGAACUGGCGGAAAAGGAAAAAGAGAGGAUAGAACAUGAAAAAGAAGAGCUCAUGGAGAGACUUAGACAAAUUGAAGAGCAGACUUUAAAAGCCCAGAAAGAGCUAGAAGAUCAAACCCGACGGGCUUUAGAGCUUGAGCAGGAAAGGAAAAAAGCAAAGGAGGAGGCUGAGAGACUGGAAAAAGAGCGUCGCAGUGCGGAAGAAGCUAAAGCUGCCUUGGCCAAACAGGCUGAAGAUCAAAUGAAAAAUCAGGAGCAAUUGGCAGCUGAACUCGCUGAAUUUACUGCCAAAAUUGCUCUUCUGGAGGAUGCAAAGAGAAAGAAGGAAGAAGAGGCCACAGAAUGGCAGCAGAAAGCAGUCACGGCUCAGGAAGACUUGGAAAAAACCAAGGAAGAGUUGAAGAUUGUGAUGACAGCUCCUCCUCUGCCACCUCCACUUGUUAUUCCACAAGCUGAAAACGAGCAUGAUGAUGAGCAGGAUGAGAAUAAUGCUGAAGCCAGUGCUGAACUCUUAUCAGAAGGAGUAGCAAACCAUCGCAGUGAGGAGGAGCGCAUAACUGAAACACAGAAGAAUGAACGUGUAAAGAAACAGCUGCAGGCAUUAAGUUCUGAAUUGGCUCAUGCCCGUGAUGAGACAAAGAAGACUGUAAAUGAUGUCAUCCAUGCUGAGAAUGUUAAGGCAGGCCGUGACAAAUAUAAGACCCUGCGACAGAUACGACAAGGCAACACAAAACAGCGCAUUGAUGAAUUUGAAGCUAUGUGAGCGUGCAGUUACUUUAUAAUGUUCUUUAAAACAGCUGAACCACUAGCAGAGGAACAAGUAGCAUUCUGGAACUGUAACAUUAAUUCACCUUGCCAAAGUAUUGUACUUGUUAGAUCUGCAGGAGUUAGAUGUAAAUUUUUUAAGGCAGUUGGUAACUAUCCUUAAAACAUUUUAUAGCACAACAGUUAACAGCUGGAGUUAUUCAGAAAAUACUGUUGCUUUUUGUUGAAUAGGCAUGUUUAAUAUCAGUAAAAUGCAUGUGUGAAGUUGGCUUAAUCUCUGUAGCUUUUCUUAAAAGUUGUAUAAAGUUAGUAUAGAACUUAGGAUUUAAGCAAUCUGCCUUAAAUGGCAAAGCCUGCAUAAUUCAGGUCUAAUUUCAGUGACUGAAAUGUAAUAUUAUCUGAAUACAGUAAAAUAUCAAACUAAAUAUCUUUAAAGUUGGUGUUUCAUGUCUUAUCAUCAUAGAUGGUUUUCUUUGCCUACCUGUUCACAAAGACUUAAAUGAUAAUAGUUCAGCUAGAAACUACUCUAAGACACAGCAAGUAAUGAAGAGUCAUAGGGUUUUAUGUUUACAUAAAUCAAAUUUAAUACAGCAUCUGUUAGUGAACAAUUCUUAAUAUUGGGCCUUUCUGGCAGGGGAGCAUAUGAAAACAUCAGUCCCAAGGUGGGGACAGUAUACUACCUCAAUAUUAUACACAUGAUGAAUGGCCAAUCAAACACCCUCUCAAUACAUGUGAAUCAUAUAAAAGAUGUUUUUUUUAAAAUUCUUGCAUCUUUGGUACCUGUUAUUCUAAAAUCUGAAGUGUACGGCUGCAAUACCUACUAUAUAGAGUGGUCUAAUCUGUGCAUUAGAAAUAAAAUUGGCUGACAAGUAUUUGUAUUGCAUUUAAUAAUUGUGUUGGAACCCAGGAUGCUUUUUUCCAAAUGUGUAUGUGCACACAUUUCAGGUGAAUGAUGUUUGAGGUAACUUGCAUAAUAAAAUUCAAGUAAUGAGUAAAUUACAUUAGGACAGACAGUGAAUGGUGUUUUAACAUUUGUUAUCAAACUCUCUACAUUUCCUGAAUAACCAUUUUACUGCAAUAAAUUCACUUCUGAUUUGUCCUUGCUUCCUCUGUAGUUGGUUCAGCUAAAUUCCUGUUGGUAUUAUGCAUUAUAAAUCAGCAUUCAAUAUCUGUAAUGAUGGUUUAUUUAAAUUGCCAUUUAUAGUUGAGCAUUUAACAUGCCUGGUAGGCAAAAUAAUGAACAAUUUUGUUGCGCUCUUUGUGACUAUAAUUACAGGUAAAGUUUUGAUUUGCAUCAUGAGUUAACAUCUAGUUUUUUUUUGUAAUUGCAUACCAAACUUUUCUAGAGGGACAGCAGGCAAUUUCUGAGGACUGAUUAGUGAAUGUUGUGCAUAUGCUUAAAAAAUGUUUUGAAGUAUUUCUACUUGCAGUGUAAUACUGUUAAUGCAUAGAAACAUGCACUAAGGCAUGCGCAUUAGUAUUUUUAUACUGGACAAUAGAUUUACAGGAGCAAGUUGAAAUACUGUGGAUUCCAGUGGAUUUUUCUGAAAUGUCCGCACUAACAUUGAUGUUAGUACAUUGGUAUCGGUAUUGGACAAUGCAGUUUAAUAAAACUGUAAUCCUGAUUAGAGUUCCACUUAUCAAAUUGUGCAACUCCUUGAUCAUCCAUAAUUUCCAGUGUAUAUUGACUGAAAGGCUAAAGUUGCUAUCACUAGCAUUAUAGAACACCUGUUAUAAAAUACAUUGGUUUGUUUCUUCUAAAAAUAACUACAAAUGCUUUUCCCUGGCACCAUGUACUGUGUUGUACAACUGAGCAUAACUAUUUUGAACAUUCAUUGGUUAACAAUAAAAUUGUAAAAA